AGAGAGGUAUUUGGGUGUAUGAGACUUGACUUCAGAAGAGUGGUGGUGUCCCGUCCUUUCCGGCUUUUGGCCUGAGGCAGGACUAUAUAUAUGUAAAUAGUGGAGUAGGGUGGUGAGUUUUUAGUGCGUGUACUGUUAGAUGGUAAGGUAUUUGUUUAUUUAUUUUUAUUUUCAAGCAAGUAUAAAGGAGUUAUACUCCUGUCUAGUAGGUGGCGGUAAUGCAAAAUGUAUUGGAUGCCAAUCGCCGCUAAAUCUCAUCGAAGAAGAAGGGUUGUUCCUGAGCUAGCCACGCACGAUAUUCUGUUUCUGCUAGAUAUAGGGAACUGCUUUUGUUUCAGUUUAAAAUAAACAAAGAUAAGAAACACCGUAGACAUGGCAGAGGCGAUUCAGAAGAAAUUACAAUCGGAGCUAGAAAAAUACCAGCAGAUGCAAAAAGAUGUUAGUAAGAGCAUGUCAGCCAGGCAGAAACUGGAGGCUCAGGUGACAGAGAAUAAUAUAGUCAAAGAGGAGUUGGACUUGUUGGACACCCAGAACACAGUUUACAAGCUUAUAGGUCCAGUUCUGGUGAAGCAAGACUUGGAGGAAGCCAAAGCCACAGUGGCAAAGAGGCUAGAAUACAUAAAUGGGGAGAUUCAAAGAUAUGAGACUCUACUAAAGGACAUGGAGAAGAAGUCUGAUCAGCAUCGUGAGGUCCUGUCUAGUCUGCAGCAAGAGUACCAGAGGGCUCAGGGCCUGGCUGUGGGCAAGGUCUGACCAACAGAUUGCAUGGAUGCACACACAUACAGGGAGAAAGAAAAGCACUGAAUCCAGCCGCAGAGCUUUACUACUCACCCAACAAUGUCGCCAUGAAUCCAAUUACUUAUUGUCCUUUGUACUUAUUGUAUGCAGCUGCUUGUUAGUGUGACUUCUGUUGCUGUUAUUAUAAUAAAUACAUUGCUUUUCUUUUUGUGAUUAAA